GGAAUGCAGGGACUCGGCUUGCAGCACAAGCUGUAGGAAAGUGGCCGGGGUGUAGUGUUCAUACAAUGGGAGGCUCGGAGCCUAGCAGGCUGCCAACAGAGGCAGCGUGAGGCAGCCUGAGGGCGGAGGGGAGGGCUGCCUUCUUGUUGUUACAUACUGCUCAGGACCCGCUGUUCCAACCCCCUUCGCCGCUGUUACAUUGAUGCGGAACUGAGAGAGGGAGAGACGCAGUCAGAGCCCGGAUACAAUGUUACUGCACGGGGAUAGCUUCAAAGCAGCGACUCCGGGAAUGGAUCCCUCAGAAUAAACUCAGGCAACCCAGAAAAUUCGCAGUGAGGCACCGGGGGGGAGCAUUGUCGCUGCCCUCCAUGGGGGAACAGACCAGCCUGGGUUCCCCAGACAGCACAGGAGGAAGAUUGUGAACAGAGGCACCACGCUCUCCCAAAACCUACUGGUCGCUGCUGCUGGUUGCUGGUCACUGCUGGUCAAUGCUGUUACUGCUGAUUAACAAUGAUUACUACGGGUCAAGCUGCUCGUGGGUACUGGUAACCUACACUGGUUACUGCUGGUCAAUGCUAUUAACUGCUGGUCAACUCUUAUUAUUAGUGAAUGCUGUUACUUCUAUUUAACAAUGGUUACUACAGAUCUGUGCUGGUAACUGCUGGUCAACACUGAGCAAUACUGGUACUUGCUGGUUAACAUUGGUAACUGCUGGUCGGACUGGACAACACUGGUAACAGCUGGUCACCGCUGUUGGAUAGUAGCCAACGUUACUGGGCAGAAUGAGGAGCCGGAGCAACUCAGGUGUUCGAUUGGAUGGGUAUGCAAGGUUGGUGCAGCAAACCAUUCUGUGUCACCAGAACCCUGUUACAGGACUGCUGCCAGCCAGUAUAGAUCAGAGAGAUGCUUGGGUGCGAGAUAACGUAUACAGUAUCCUUGCGACGUGGGGCCUGGGAUUGGCAUACCGUAAGAAUGCUGACCAAGAUGAAGACAAGGCUAAAGCCUACGAACUUGAACAGAGUGUUGUGAAGCUAAUGAGAGGGCUCCUUCAGUGCAUGAUGCGUCAGGUGGAAAAAGUGGAAAAGUUCAAGCGAACGCAGAGCACAAAGGACUCCCUCCAUGCUAAGUACAACACCUCCACUUGUGGUACUGUAGUCACUGAUGAUGAAUGGGGCCAUCUCCAGGUGGACGCUACGUCCCUCUAUCUCUUAUUUUUGGCCCAAAUGACAGCCUCAGGGUUAUGCAUCAUUUUCACCCUCGAUGAAGUGUCAUUCAUACAGAACCUUGUAUUUUACAUCGAGGCUGCCUACAAAGUAGCUGACUAUGGCAUGUGGGAACGUGGUGAUAAAACAAACCAGGGAAUAGCAGAGCUGAACGCAAGUUCUGUGGGCAUGGCAAAGGCAGCUCUGGAGGCAAUUGACGAACUGGAUUUGUUUGGUGCCCGUGGAGGUCCCAAGUCGGUGAUUCAUGUUCUUCCUGAUGAGGUCCAGCUUUGCCAGUCCAUUCUUCUUUCUAUGUUACCUAGAGCUUCAACAUCUAAAGAGAUUGAUGCAGGACUUCUCUCAAUUAUUUCUUACCCGGCUUUUGCUGUGGAUGAUAUUGAUCUCGUAAAUAUCACAAAGAAUGAAAUAAUUACAAAAUUGCAGGGGCGGUAUGGAUGCUGUCGGUUUCUGAGAGAUGGUUAUAAAACUCCGAGAGAGGACCCUAAUAGAUUACAUUAUGACUCUGCUGAACUGCAGUUGUUUGAGAACAUUGAAUGUGAAUGGCCAGUGUUCUGGACCUAUCUCCUCAUUGACGGGGUGUUUAAAGAAGAUAAGGUGCAGAUUGAAGAAUAUAGGGAGGCCCUGGAAGAGACUCUUAUAAGAGGGCAGAAUGGCGUACGGCUCAUUCCAGAACUUUAUGCUGUUCCUCCAGAAAAGGUGGAUGAAGAAAAUGAAAACCCACAUACUGUGGACAGGGUUGCAAAGGGAAAAUUGCCUCACUUGUGGGGACAGUCACUAUAUAUCCUUGGGACUCUACUGGCUGAGGGAUUUCUCGCUCCUGGGGAGAUUGAUCCUUUGAGCCGACGAAUGUCCACCAUUAGCAGGCCUGAUGUUGUGGUACAAGUGUCUAUACUGGCAGAAACUGAAAAAAUAAAGAACAUAUUGGCAAAACAUAACUUCUAUGUAGAUGGUGUUUCUGAUGUUUUGCCUAUCAGAGUGCAGCCUGGAAGAAUACUUAGUCACCUUUAUGCAAAACUAGGCUGCAACAAGAAGCUCAAACUCAGCGGGCGCCCGUAUAGACACAUUGGGGUCCUCGGCACCUCCAAGUUGUACGUCAUCAGAAAUCAGACCUUUGCCUUCACUCCACAGUUCAUCGACCAACACCAGUUUUACUUGGCACUGGACUGCCGUAUGAUUGUGGAAAUGCUGCGGACUGACCUGGCGUACCUGUUCUCCUGCUGGAAGAUGACAGGCCGACCGACUGUGACCUUCCCCAUCACUCAGAGCAUGCUGUCUGACGACGGGACAGAUAUUGACUCCAAUAUUCUCAGCACCCUUCGGAAACUCCAGGACGGAUACUUUGGCGGGGCCAGGAUCAAAACGGGCAGAUUAUCCGAGUUCCUCAUUACCUCGUGCUAUACACAUCUGAGCUUCUUAGACCCAGGGCCCGAUGGCCUUCUGUUGGACGACUGUUUCAGCGAAGACAGUGCCAGCCUGAGCCACGAGAUGGAAGACGCUGUCUCUGUGAACGAUUCGUGCUAUCAAAACGAUGUUGAUAGUGAAGAUGAGCUUGUGAAAUAUAUAAAUCAUCUGCUCCAAAGCACAACACCCGUGUCAAAGCGACUGCCUCCAACAUCAAUAAGUCCAGGCAUGCAUCAUGUGUUUGAGACUGCUCACACUACGAGGGACAUAAUAUCAAUGGUGGCCAAAGUGAAGGGACUGGAGUUACCAAAUGUCUCCUUGUACCUGCCCAUUAAAGUUCCAAUUUCUCAACAGAAAACUGCAAACUUAUUGGAAGUGCCAAAACUGCAGCCAGGGAAGACCAAGUCAGACCACCGAGUGGAUCUCAGUUUGCCAACGGAUGCUCAUGGUGAGGUGGACAUUGGAUCGCUUGUGGAACAGCUGAAGGAGUGCCUUACUCUGCAAGAUCAGGCAGACAUCCUAUACAUUCUGUAUGUCAUUAAAGGCCCGGACUGGGACACAAACGUUGGAGGACAGCACUGCGCCACUGUACGCAGUCUGAUGACAGAGCUGUAUAGCAAAGCUGGCCAAAACCUCGACUGGGGAUUGAUCCGCUACAUCUCGGGCAUGUUGAAGAAGAGGAUCGAGAUUCUGGCUGAGGCUUGCACAGCUCUACUGUCCCAUCAGAAGCAGUUGACGGUGGGUUUGCCCCCAGAGCCACGAGAGCGGACCAUCACAGCACCGUUGCCACCGAAUGAACUGGCGCAGCUUAUUUAUGAAGCAAGUGGACAAGACAUUAGCUUAGCCGUCCUUACUCAGGAAAUCAUGGUUUACCUUGCGAUGUAUGUGAGGACUGAGCCCUGCCUCUUUGCUGAAAUGCUCAGGCUACGAGUUGGUCUGAUCAUCCAGGUGAUGGCUACAGAGCUGGCCUACAGCCUUAGCUGCUCAGGGGAGGAGGCUUCCGAAACUUUGAUGAACCUGAGCCCUUUUGACAUGAAGAAGCUGCUUCACCACAUUCUGAGUGGAAAGGAGUUUGGAGUUGAAAAGAGUGUACAACCCAUCGACUCUGCUGCCAUCAGUCCCAUCAUUUCCAUCCAUGAAGUUGGUCACGCGGGACCUACAAAGACUGAGAGAACUGGAAUCAGCAAAAUCAAGAAGGAAAUAAAGCAGAGAUGCAGUGGUCCCUCCUCUCCCACUACCACCACAUCCCCUGUGGGCUCUUUCUGUACCCGUUUGACCUGGGAUGACCGGCAGGGUCAGUGGCUACGUAGACGACGCCUCGAUGGAGCCAUUAACCGUGUUCCCAUGGGCUUCUACCAAAAAGUCUGGAAGGUUCUCCAGAAGUGUCAUGGACUUUCUAUUGAUGGCUACGUCCUUCCGUCUUCAAGUACAAGAGAGAUGACACCCCAGGAGAUCAAAUUUGCCGUUCAUGUGGAGUCUGUUCUGAACCACGUCCCUCAGCCUGAGUACAGACAGAUUUUGGUGGAAGCGAUCCUAGUUCUCACAGUCCUGGCAGAUCUGGAUGUUCACAGUAUUGGAGGGAUCAUCUGUGUGGAUCACAUUGUACACUUGGCCAAUGAUUACUUCCUGCAGGACCAGAAAUCCCUGGGUGCAAGUGAAUCCUUGUUAGAGAUUGACGGGGCUACAAGAGUCUGCAACAUGUUCUAUGACAGUGCUCCAAGUGGGAGCUACGGCACCAUGACUUACUUGACAAAGGCUGUUGCUACCUACAUACAGGACUUCCUGCCAAGUGCUGGCUGCUUCAUGCAAUAGAAACUUGAGCCUGUUAAAACAAACCUCGUGGAAUGAAGGAGUUUCCUUUGUGUUGUUUUGAUACUCCAUCAAUAUGAGCUUGAAGUGAACGGAUUUCUAAUAAAAUUCUGAGGCCUGGGUUGCAUUAGAACAUGGGAUAGUAUGAACUGUGUCUCAGGCUCGUACAGUAUACGGCUAUCAUUCAUUUGGCACAUUGUUACUGUUAGAACAAGUUGCACAUUGUGAGAGAGCCAAACCUCACCCUCUUAAGACUGGCACCUUUUGAAAGCUAACCCGUAAAUACAUUUAACUGUUUAAAAAUCAGCUAAAUUCUGUAGUUUGAAAAAUGUUAACCCAAUGGCACAGACUUUUCUAUGCUCAAUUUACUCACUCGAUCUCUAAUUAUCCUUUCUUUCUGGCUAAAUUUAUAAAGACAUGAUAAGGCGUAUUUUAAUACUUGGAGGAACACAAAUAUUAAAUUCCAUCACUUUAGAUUGUAAUAAUUGUGAUGCAAUUCUCAAUCCAUUUCACUGGUGAAUAUAUUAUGCAUGUGAGAGAUAAGGCAGGUUUUGUGUGUAUUUUAUAAAGUGAUAUUGGACAAAGACAAAGGAGAAACAAAUAAUGUUUAAUCUCUUGUGGGACAUGGGCAUCACUGGCUGGGUCAGCAUUUCUUGCCAGUCCCUAGUUGCCCUGGAGAAGAUGGGGGUGAGCUGCCCUCUUGAACCGCUG